UUUUAAAAAGGUUUAUUAACUGGUUUUCUCACCACCUGAGUAACUUUCAAUUUCAUUGGAGCUGGGAAGAUUGGUCAGACUGUCUUACUCAGGACCUUGAGAAGCCCAAAUCAAAAUUUGUGAGAGAGGUUUUGGAGAAAUGCAUGAGGCUUUCCUACCAUCAGCGAAUAAUAGACAUUGUUCCUCCAAGCUUUUCUGUCCUCAGUCCUGCAAAUCCAGUGUGUAUUUACAAAUAUGGAGAAGAAAGCAAUAGAUCUCUUCCUGUGUAUACCGUAGCACUCUGUUUAAUGAUUGCAAUUAAAAAUAAGUCCAAUAAUGAUGAAAUCUUCAACAUUUUAAAAGAUGUGCAUAAUCCAAACCAGGAUGAUGAUGAUGAUGAAGGCUUCACCUUCAAUCCCUUGAAAAUAGAAGUUUUUGUACAGACUCUGCUCCAUCUAGCUGCGAAGUCUUUCAGCCACUCCUUCAGUGCUCUGGCUAAGUUUCGCAAAGUCUUCAAAGCACUUUCUGAAAGUGAUGAGGGGAAACUCCAUGUCCUGAGAGUUGUAUAUGAGGUUUGGAAGAAUCACCCACAGAUGAUUGCUGUGCUUGUGGACAAGAUGAUUCGAACACAGAUUGUUGAUUGUGCUGCAGUAGCCAAUUGGAUCUUCUCUUCAGAACUUGUACAUGAUUUUACUAC